GACUACAUGAGGAUCUCAUUGUUGUUCUUGAUAGUGAUUAUAGUAUCGACUCUACAUAACCAGAAUGAGUAGGGAGAAAGGUGGACCAUGUGGCGUGCGUAUAUUGCCGCCAAAUGAAGGUAUUCGGAACAGCACCCCCUUUACUACUGAAAGCAGUUUAAGUUCAGCAGCGAGCGUGCGAUCGGUACGAUAAGCUUCCUGCCCCUUUUUAAGAUGCUCCAAGGCAAACAAAGUGUGCUCAAUCGACCCGUCUUUCCGGCGGCAAAAAAAGCAACAGAAGCUAGCCGAAAUCGAACAAGAGCUGCAGCAACUCAAGAACCAGUUGCAAAGUCACGACCAGCGAUAUCAGAGUAGGGCUAACAAUGUCAUGAGCCCUCGCUCAUGUCUUCGUAUAAACGAAGAAACCGAGAGGAUUGACCUUUCCUCGAUGGACAAAACCGUGGGGAGCGUCUGCAUACCACAAGCAGUGGUCCAGACCCUUUUGAACGAAUAUUAUGCUAAUUACCACAUGUUCCUCCCCAUUCUUCCCGGUCAAGCAGUCUUCAGUGCCUACACUCAUUCUUCUGAUCUCCUUUUCUCAGUGGUGAUGUUGACUGCUCUUAGACGAUUGUCAAAGCAUUAUGAUCUCUAUCUGUCGCUUGUUGAUGUUGUGCGAUCGCUGUUGGCGAAUCAUUUGCUGUCGGCAAGUGGUACCAUUCAGACAAUGCAAGCACUAUUAUUACUCUGUCACUGGCCACUUCCAUUCGACAGAAAUGAAGAUCCAUCGCAUGCCCUCAUUGCACAGGCUACUCAUCUUGGACUUCGCCUAGGCCUUCAUAGACCGGGUCAUGGAAGAGAAUUCCUGGCUCAUCCCUCCCCUGUGGAAGAUAUGGAACAUAUACGGCAAAUGACAUGGGUAGCCUGCUUUAUUUCGAAUAUCAGUGUCAGUGCUCAGCUGGGACUUCCAGCCACAGUCCAGCUCGAUGACGGCCUCCUGGAGAUACUGGCCUCGAAGGGCCCCUGGCUUCGGGAAACCCUGCUCUGUCAAUUGCAGAUAGCCUCAGUGGCCUCGCGGAUUAGCUCAGCACUUGGGAGCCACAAAUGGACCACCGGGUGUCCGACACAUGAGUACAAUCUAAUGGUUCGCCAUUUCGAGACAGACCUGCGCGUGCUAGAGAUUCAAUGUGCUGCUUCCUGGUCGUUGGCAGAUCACAUUGUAUAUCUCGGCACUCAGCUCAUGCUUUAUAUCAUUGCCCUCAGUGCGGACGAAGGUAAACAAGCCAGCUCACCGUCCUCCUGGGUGGCUUUUGGUUAUAGCACGGCGAUUUGCCUGAUUCAGAAGGCUUCUUCAAUGGAAAGCAAAUGGCUAUUUGCGCCCGUCCGCCUUCAUAAGAUUGUUUUGAACGCGGUCUGCUUCCUCGUACUAUUAAAGCGGUUCCGAUACUGGGAGUCUCUUGAUUUUGAUCUGCUUCUACUUAGCAGCACAAUCAACCAGGGGCUUGGGUUAUUACCAGGGUUGUCAGUAACUCCAGGAGACUUUAUGUCUCGUGCAUUGUCAUUGCUCGACCAGUUCAGCCAACUUACUGACAAGUUCCAAUCUCGAGACAUGCCGAAUGAAUUCUUGCCGGUGAAGUUCAGAAUGGGGGCGAAUGUAGCUCUCAGCACGGCAGUUCGAGCGAGGGAACUGAUACAAAAGCAACGGGAUCAUCAAGGGUGUUCUGAUAUGGUUGAUCUGGGAGCUAUGCAGGACAUUGAUCAGCUUUUGGACUUGGACUGGAGUGAAUUGUUUGGAACAGGAUUCGGUGCCUGACUGUCGAAUGCUAAACGAGUCAGACAUUCACUGAACAGAUGCUUACGCCCAAACUAGGGUCAAUGAUCGUGGGGCGGAAUGCCGCCCAUGUCCAGCGAAAGACGCCACCCUUGCCGGAGGAAUACACGACCAAGUCUUUCCAUCACGACCUGGAAAGUUGGAAUCUGCUCUGGGAUGUGGUGCAGAAAGAGACCGGCAUGAGAUUUCGGAUGGAAACUUGGGAACAACCCGAUCAAGACCUCAUGGAUCAUCCAGAACUGGGGUAUAUAUGAUGUACUUCACCGUGUCUCUGGAGUGACAGGAAUAUUAGUGGAAUAGCCCUGUUUUCCACACCCUGUGGUCGUAUGUGCUUGAUUCGUAGCACGUCUUACUCAUAUAGCAUUUGUGGAAUAAGUUUGGAAGACCAACAAGACGUCAAAUGACCUAGAUUUUUGCAUGAUGAGCCCAUAAUUAUGGAUAAGGCGAGUCAAUCAGAGAUACUCG